GUGUUACAUCUAAUCUGUUCCCCCUCGUGCUGCCUGGUCACCUCGUUGCGGUCGCUGUCUCCUUUUGUUUGCAAAGAUGAGCGGCUCAGACGGCAAGAAGAGCUCGUCCCCCGGUGUGAUGGACUGGAUCGGCUCGGCCUGUCGGUUCGCAACAGACAGAAACGACUUCAGGAGGAAUCUUCUGGUCAACCUGGGCUUGUUUGCAGCUGGUGUUUGGGUUGCGAGAAAUCUCUCAGACUUCGACCUCAUGUCUCCUCAGCCUGUGACAUAACCUGAUCAAAAUACGUCACAGCCAAAAACCAGGAUGAUGGUGUCUUGGACCAACAAAGAAGUAACAAGGAACAAGAAUGAUAAUCAAACUUUGAUGACUGGUUACUCUUUGAAUACAAAUUAUCCUGUUGGCCUAGUUUAACUUGACUUUUCUGUAGAAUAACUCGUUGUAUGUCAUUGCACAGUAGAUGGCCUGAAGAGAAAUAAUGACAUUGCAUCUUGUA